AUGGGUCCAGGUGCCUCAAACCGUGUUACAGUCUCCACUCGGAGUUCGACGGCACUACUCAGUGGUCUGCUAAAUGUAACAAUCCACCACUACUGGACUCUAUACUUUACAGGAUCCCAAGACAAAGUCACCUUCAAGGGAAACUAUAUUCACAACACAAGCGGUCGUGGACCAAAGGUUGGAGGCCUGAGCGGAUCAGUUGAGCCCAAUGUCUUCUUCCACGCUGCAAACAAUUAUUGGUCCGACAUCGCUGGCAAUGCUUUCCAAAUCGGCAAGGGAGCCAAGGUGCUUGCGGAGGGCAACCUUUUCGAGAAUGCAGUCCAACCACUCAUCUUCGACUUUGGGGUCACUUCGAGUCCCCUCUGGUCUUGA